UAGUUUAAAAAUAUUUCAAAAAUAUGAGAAAAUGCUAUGUGGCUAUCUCGAUUUUCUUUUUAUAUGUAUCUAUAUUUCUCCACUUAUGACAGUGUAUUUUAGUUUUAGUCACAUCCGGUAAAACUAAUUUAUUUAAGUUAUAGAUCACUUUUUAGUGUUUCAGGGGAAAAAAAUUACCUUGGAAAUAAGUACAGGAUCCUCAGAAAAAAGUGGGCACGUUUUUGAUAGAACAAUUGAAUAAGAGAAACUUAUGGGCUAAAAGUCUACUCCCCCAAAAAAAAAAUCCUUACUGUUUUAAAUAAAUAAACACAAUAUUAAGAUCUUCCUUGUUAUAUCAGGUACAGCAUCUCAAUAAAACAGAAUAUCACUUAUUCUGAGUAAUUGUUCUUUAAGUACUCAAGAUUAUCAGUAAUUUCUUGGUUUACUAGUAUGUGAUACCUGAACCAACCAAGUGGAAGUAUCAUCUUCGUUGAAGCUUAGAAUUAUGGUUUGAAGUGGCUCUUUCUUUGCUUCUACCCCUCUGGAAGCUCACAUCAAAGUGUUUUAAGCCACAACUAAACUGCCUUGAUUUGUUGAUUUUGGAAAGAGAAAUUAGAUGAUAACCUGAAGAAGAGAUGACAAAGCAUCACUGGAGGGAAUCCAUCAAGUCCUUUUUUGGGAGUCACAUUGACCCAGAAAAAGAUGAACAGAUUAAAGGAACUAAAACUGAAAUCGAAGACAAAGUAAUGAAGAUUUUGAAGCUUAUAAAAAAUGAAGACGUUGAAGAAAAUGACAGAAUAGAAAACUUCAGCAAAGAUACACUUGCUGGGUUAAUUGAAGAUUUUCACAAACAUUACAAGCUGCUCUAUACACAAUAUGAUCAUCUCACAGGAGAACUAAGGAAAAAAGUUCAUGGAAAACAAGGGAAGGACAAGAACAACUCUUCUUCAUCUAGCUCAGACUCAGACUCUGACUCUGAUCAUUCUUUAAAAAACCAAAGCAGUAAAAAUGGACAAGUAGAAAGUGAAUUUCUGAAAAUAACAGAAGGCAUGAAGCAAGAACUUGAAACGGCGAAUGCUGAAGUUGCUGACCUGAAGAGGAAGCUGAUAGCAGUGAAUGAAGAAAAAGAAGCUCUAAAUUCAGAAUAUCAAACAACUUUGAGCAAGAAACUAGAAAGCGAAGAAAUUUCCAGCAGUUUGAAGCUUGAAAUUGAAAGAUUAAGUGUUGAAAAAUCAAAAUUUCUGCUUGAGAAUGGAGAACUUACUGAGAAACUGGAAGCUUCUGUUAAUAUAGAAUCUGCAAUGAAUCUAAGAUUAGAAGACAUGAAAAGAGAGAAAGAUAUCUUGAUCAUGGAAAAAGAGACUGGAAUGAACAGAAUUGAAGAGGGGGAGAAGAUUGCAGAAGAUUUAAAAACCAUGAAUGAUCAGCUGAAAGAUGAAAACAUGACUCUUACGCAAGAACUAGGAAAACAGAGAGAGGAAGCGUCCAAUAUAAAGCAGCAGUUGGAAUCUGCAGAACAGCAAAUUUUAAAUCUGAGCCAUGCGCUGAAUGCAAAAGAAGACGAGAACACAUCACUAUGCUUGAAAGUUUCUGAUACUUCAAAAGAGAUUUUGCAAGCACAGAAUGUUAAAAAAGAACUAAUUGCUGAAUCGAUUCAAUUGAAAGAGAAACUGGGCGAGAGAGAAAGGGAAAUUUCAACUCUGGCAGAGAUGCAUGAGGUGCGGGGAAAUGAAUCAUCAGCUCUGAUUAAAAAAUUGGAGGAACAAGUGAAAAGCAAGGAUUUGGAGCUGGAGACAUUGAGAGAAGAGAUGAACACAGAGAAAAACAUCAUGAUAAUGGAGAAAGAAACUGCAAUGAAAAGAAUUGGAGAGAUGGAGAAGGUUGCAGGAGAUAUGGAAAUGGAGGUUGAUCGCCUGAAAGAUGAAAAAGUGACUCUUGCGAAGGAAGUAGGGACACUAAGAGAGGAAGCCUCCAACAUGAAGCAGCAGCUGGAAUCUUCUGAACAGCAAGUAUUGCAUCUGAGCCAAUCACUGAAUGUGACAGAGGAAGAAAAUAAAUCAUUAUCCUUGAAGCUUUCAGAAAUUUCCCUUGAGAUCAUUCAGGCACAGGAUGUUAUAAAAGAACUCAUCACUGAAUCGAGUCAGUUGAAGGAGAAACUGGGUGAGAGAGAAAGGGAUUUCUCAACUCUUGCAGAGAUGCAUGAGGUGCGUGGGAAUGAAUCAUCAGCUCUGAUAAAAAAACUGGAGGAACAAGUGAAAGGCAUGGCACUGGAGCUGGAGACAGUGAUAGAAAACAAGAACGCAGAGAAAAACAGCAUGAUAAUGGAGAAGGAAACUGCAAUGAAAAGAAUUGAAGAGAUGGAGAAGAUUGCAGAAGAUUUGCAACUGGAGGCUGAUAGACUGAAAGAUGAAAAGAUGACACUUUUGAAGGAAGUACGUACACUGACAGAAGAAUCCUCCAAUGUGAAGCAGCAGCUGGAAUCUUCUGAACAGCAAGUUUCACAUUUGAGACAUACAUUGAAUGCGACAGAGGAAGAAAAUAAAUCACUCUACUUGAAGAUUUCAGAAAUUUCACUUGAGAUCCUUCAGAAACAGGAUGUUAUAAAAGAACUCAUCACUGAAUCGAGUCAGUUGAGAGAGAAACUGGGUCAGAGAGAGAGAGAUUUUUCAACUCUGGCAGAGAUGCAUGAGGUGCAUGGGAAUGAAUCAUCAGCUCAGAUAGGACAGUUGGAAGCACAUGUAAAAGACCUGGAACUGGAGAUGGGGACACUCAGAAAAGACAUGGACGAAGAAAAGAGGGACAUGAUAAAGGAGAAGGAGAUUGCUAUAAAGAUUGCAGAGGAGGCAGCUGAUCGGCUGGAGGAGGAAAAAGGGUCUCUUGUACAAGAAGUAGAUAGAUUGAGAUAUGAAACUUCCAAUUUAAAGCAGCAGCUCGAAUCUUCAGAAGAGCAAGUUUCAAAUUUGAAUCGCACUCUGAAUGGAACUGAGGAAGAAAAUAAAUCACUAUCCUUGAAAGUUUCAGAGAUUUCAAGUGAGCUCCUGCAGGCACAGGAUGUCAUCCAAAAACUCAUGGCUGAAUCAAGUGAGUUGAAAGAGAAACUAUGUGAGAAAGAAAAAGAACUUUUUACUCUGGCAGAGAUGCAUCAAGUGCAUGGAAAUAAGUCUUCUGCUCAAAUAAGCGGAUUGGAAGCACAGAUUACUGGCCUUGAACUGGAGCUGGAAUCUCUGCUAGCCCACAAUAGAGACAUGGAGUUUAAGAUAGAGAACAAAGCAAUUGAAGCAAAACAACUGGAAGUGCAUAACAAAGGAUUACUAGCCCAAAUAUUGGAACUUGAAACGAUGUCUAAAGGGAGAGAAGACAAACUUUCUGCUCUCAUG